GUUCUUAUUUGUCUUCGCACGUGCUGUAGAAAAUGGGAGAUGCUGUGGAAGCCUUAUUCGUCAGCUCCUGUAGCGAGGAAAACACAACAUGCAGCGUCCAGGAUCUGCGCACUGGCACCGACCUAAUGAAGUACAAGGGCGGAGGAAAUGCCCAACGCCACAGUCUGGCUAUGAUUGGGCUGAAUUAUGUUCUGGCAGCCAACACAAUGAAGCCUCUGCUCCACGUCUGGCCUAUUAAUAAGCAGGAGCAAAUGUCGAGCCUGCGAUUUGUGUUGCCAGGCAAGGCCAACGCUAUGGCCCUUUCUCCAGAUGGCGCGUACCUGGUAGUUGGAAUACAGGAGAGCAUAUAUAUCUGGCACAUGAACACUGGCCGCAUGCUGAGCACCCUCUCGAAACACUACCAGGCCAUCACCUGCCUGCGCUUCACCGACAAUGGCGAGCAUUUCAUUAGCGCCGGCAAAGAUGGAGCCGUACUGGUGUGGGAUCUCACCUUCUCAGUUGCACCGCUGGACAAUGGCAGCCAGGAGGGCAGUGAGCCCCUGUACAGCUUUAGCGAUCAUGGACUGUCUGUAACAGAUCUGCACACUGGAAUUGGGGGCAUUCGCUCCUACCUAUACACAGUGUCCCUAGACCGCUGCUGCAACGUAUAUGACUUGAGCGGUGGCAUCAUGCUCCUCAGCAUUGUGUUCCCAGUAGCACUGCACAGCGUGGUUGUCAAUAGGAUGGAGACUAGCAUUUAUGUUGGCUCCGCCGAAGGCAAGGCGUUUGUGUUUCACAAUUGGCGAGCGCCACGGAUGAAGGAAUACCACCUGGAGGAGGACGAGGCUCAGGCCUUUAUUGGCCAUACGGUUGGAAAACCCAUAACCUCAUUGGCUCUGACAAUGAAUGCCCAACAAUUGAUUUCUGGCGGUGAGGAUAAGCAAGUCUGCGUUUGGGAUGUUGCGAGUCGGCAGCUCAUGAAGAGUAUUCCCCAGAACGGCGUGAUCACCAAUUUGAGAAUCCGUCUUCUCAGUCCCGGCAUUUUCCAGCCGCAACACAAGCAGCCACAAUUAUUCGCAGACAGUCUGAAGCGUAUGAUCAGCCCUCCGGAUAUCAAUGAUUACAUUGAGUUGUUCGUCACCAAGGAGUACCCCAAAGAACGUGGCAAACCAAAGCGGAACUUCAACAAAAGUUACUUAGAUCCAGAGAAUAACAAAAUAUUACAAAAAAUGCAGCUCGUAAAUCUGUGUGACGAUGACGAUGCUAUUGACUUUGACGAGGAGACGUUGGAGUUAACUGAACAAUCUCCCAAAGUUGCAGAUGUGCCUUCAGCGGACGUUGGCGAAGUUGAUUGUGAUAAUAUUGAAGAGGAAGACUAUGAGGCCCAUUCCAAUGCCCCUGCAUUACAGGAACUUAUCGCCGAAAACCGACGCCUCAAAAAGCAAAACGAGAAAGUGCUUGCAAUCAUGGCGAAGUAUCAGGCAGACAAUUCGGAAAACGUCAAGGCUCCGCCGGAGAGAAAUCGCAAGAAAGCUCGCAGGAGCUAGGCCUGUGCUCCACCCUUUUGUUUACUUAGAUUAAAAUUCGGUAAUAUAUAAUAUAAAAAAAUUAAAAACUGUAUAGAAAUAAAAAAGGGUGUCCAAAAUUGGGAAGUUUUCGUUGACCGGCUGUCCGAAAAUAAAAUGUGCCUUUUCAAUUAUUAAAGUGUAUGAAAUAGUACAGGGAUAUAUUCAAUUCGCGUAAAUGAAUUUUAACGGACAAAAAGAAUCGUUCCCCGCCCCAUUUAGUAGCUACAUAAAUAUUUACAUACAUAUAUUUUUGAUCAGUA